UAGCAGAUAGAGACGAUAUGGGCAGAGAUGUCCGUUCGUAAAUUACAAAAUUAUUUUUCGUCUCUUAUAAGAGUAUGGUGGCGUGUAAUGUUAUUUAAAUCAUGGCUCAGGAUAACAUAGCUACGAUUUACGUACUUACCGUGUUCUGCUGGUUGUUAGCUAGCUAGGUAUUCUACGUUACAGACGUGUUUGGGCGUGGCCACUGUACUGCGCUAACCAUGAGGCGUCUGUAAACCACGCCCCCUUUAUCGCCCCGCCCGCACCGUGCAGUUUGUUUGUUUGUUUAUUUAUUUAUUUAUUUACUUACUUACUUGCAGCAUUUUACAGUGAUCAAGGAUGAUCCUCAUACUACACUGCACGAGCUCCUUGCUUCUUGUUUCUAAAACCUAUAUGAUCAAAUAUGGGGCUACAGAUCAACCGUGUUUAGACAUUAGAUUCACAGGAAACUCUACUCUGAAACAUUAAAUAUGUUUGUAUUGAACUGUUUGUGAAGUAAUUAAUGGGGUCUCGUGCAGUUAUACUAGCUGAUGCUAUAUUUUCGUGUACUUCCUGUGGGGAGUAAGAGGUUGAAUCCCAUGCUCACAUCACAGGGGAACAUUGCUGGUUCAGUUACAGUAGCAUUUAAUAGGAUGACAAAAAUGAGCAUCUCAAAUCUAAGCGACAACGGUCACAAUUUGUAUUACCAAAGAGCUUCUUUUCCCCACAAACCAGCAAACAGCAAAUGCUGAACUCUAAGAACAGCAGACACUCAACUUGGCUGUUUAGUCAUCUGAAUGAUAAUAAACUGAUUGAAUCUUUCAGGAAAAGCACUUGCUGAUUAUAAAAAUUGAAUAUGCAAGUCAUUCAGGGUGGAUUUGUCGUUUAACGCUAAUUUAGCAAAUAGUUUACGAGUGCACAUUAGCUUUAACAGGUAUCUAGUAGGUCCUCAACAAAAUUUAUUGUGAAAUGCAAAGACAGCAGCGUGUAUCGUACAACUUACUAUGUUUAAACCUAUAUAUGAUUUUAAAACCAGUCUCAACUGACCAAUUUUUUUUAUUUGCAGACAGUGACAUGCAGGGAACAGAGGGGGCAUUAGGAGGUCCUGAUGUCAGAAGGAGGAUACCCAUCAAGCUUCUCCCUAAACAGGCUAGAAAAAGCUUUGCCUACAAGCAGGAGGAGAGGUUUGACUGUGGGGUAAAGGCUGGAGAUGCUUAUGCUAGCCAACGGCGGUAUCCCCAGCCAUUGUUUUGGGAUUAUAAGCUUAAUCUGAUUGGUGAAAAAGAUGAAACUCCUGUCCAUUUUUGUGACAAGUGUGGUCUCCCCAUUAAGACUUAUGGACGCAUGAUUCCAUGUAAACAUGUUUUCUGCUAUGAAUGUGCAGUACUUCAUGAAAGGAAAGGUGAUAAAAUGUGUCCAGGUUUGACACUGUACAGCUGUACAGACCCAGUUCAGCGGAUUGAGCAGUGCCAGCGUGGUUCUCUCUUCAUGUGCAGCAUCGUUCAGGGCUGUAAACGUACGUACCUCUCACAGAGAGACUUGCAGGCCCACAUCAACCACCGCCACAUGAGGGUGAGCAAGACUUCAGCCGGCCGCUCUGAUCCUCACCACCUUCCCAGCUCUGAAGUUUCAGAGCGUUUCCGUGUGCCCCCUACUCACAUGCCCAAACCCCAUGUGCUCAUCCCUCCACCUCUGCCACAUGCCACUCACGACCCCUACACUCAGCCACCUCCCACCUCUCACGAUGACCUCCGGCCCCCUCCUGGCCAGGCUCCUACACCCGACAUGGGCCCUCCUCGCUCUCUCGGUCAAGAGACGUUCCGAAUUACUACGGUGACCACACGGAAGCACAGCAACCUCAUUACGGUCCCCAUUCAGGAUGAUUCGGCAAGCUCUUCCUCCCGUGAUCCUGUGAAUGCCCCACCACAUCACCACCCAGGAGAAUAUCCAGGGCAGCCUGUAGUUUCCCAUCCACACCACAUGAUGGCUCCACCCCAGCAGCGCUACGGGCCUCCACCUCCUCCACCCCCAAUCAGUCAUCCAAUGCAGCAUCCAGCACAGGUUUUCAGCCAAGCUCCUCCUCCACCUUUAUCCUCAGUUCCUCCUCCCAUCACCCCUCCUCCUGGACACCUCAUGAGUCAGCUGCCACCGUACAUGAACCAUCCUCCACCUGGCCCUCCUCCUCAACACGGUGGUCCAGUAAAUGCCCCACCACCUCACCAUUACAAUCCUCAGUUCUCUGAGGAUAAAGGUACCCUCAGCCCACCAUUCAACCAACCAGGAGGACUCAGUCCUGGGAUGUGGCCAGCUCCCAGAGGACCUCCCCCACCCAGAAUGCAAGGUCCUCCACCGCAGGGACAGAUGCCUGGUCCUCAUCACCCAGACCAGGGCCGAUACAGACCCUAUUACCAGUAGAAUGAUUUUUUUGGUAGCUUUGAACAUUGCUCUCAUAAGUGAGUCUGUAGUAGGAGUUUGGAGGUUGAUAUUUGUAUAGUUGAGUUAGAGUCUAAAAACGAAUAGGUCUGCAUAUGUUUGAAGAAUUUGCCAUUCAUUUCUGAUGUUAGAAUAUAUACUGUUAAUUAUGGCAAUAUUUUGGAUUUAAAAAUGUAUUUGGCAAAAUUUUUAAUAAUUUGUCGAAUGUGUUGCUUCUUGAAUGUACUGAUAAUUAAAUACUCUUUGAGGAUUGA